UGGUGGACUGCCGUCUAUGGGGUCGCACAGAGUCGGACACGACUGAAGCGACUUAGCAGCAGCAGCAGCGGCAGAGACUAGAUUCUGUGUGCUUCCACUGCCUGGAGUAGGGGUUUGAUCCCUGGCCGGGGAACUAAGAUCCCACAUGUCAUCCAGCAUGGCCAAAAAAUUAAAAAAUUAAAGUUAAUUGUAAAGAAAGUACACAGGACAGUGCCUGCAGGCACUCUCAGGAGAACUGUAUUAUUUGUUUCUGGGCAAAAGUCAGAGGUCUCCCAGCCCAGGGGUCCACCAGGCGCCGGAGCCUGCGAAGGAAGAAGGCAGGAAUCCUGGGUCAGGGUGAGUGGAAGAGGCAUAGACCAGCCCUGGUCCAUCCUCAGUUGCUGUGCAGCAGCGGGUUGGUUAGAUCUUGCACCAGCCUCGGGAUGUAAUUAAGUUGCUGAUGAACCCAAACGUGUCUCUGGGGAGCCAGGAGCUGUCCCUGGUUUCCUCUGCCUGUAGAUUAAUUCUUGUUUUUCCUUCUUUUUCUCCCUCCUCUUCUCUCUCCCCCCUCCCUCCUUCUUCCCAAGCAAGCAAGAAAAAAAAAAGAAAAAGCCUUAUUUAUUAUCAUUUUCCCCACUGUUGGCAUGGCAACACAGGCGUACGUUACUGAGUUACAGGCGGCCCCGCAACCAUCCCAGCCACCACAGGCUCCGCCGCAAGCCCAGCCGCCACCGCCGCCCUCUGCGGCACCCCAGCCCCCCCAGCCCCCCGCCACCGCCGCCACCCCCCAGCCCCAGUAUGUCACCGAGCUGCAGAAUCCGCAGCCCCAGGCACAGCCACCGGGCAGCCAGAAGCCGUAUGUGACAGAGCUCCCGGCUGCCCCCACGCCCUCGCAGCCGGCCGGCGCACCCACCCCGUCCCCGGCAUCCCAGCAGUACAUCGUGGUCACCGUCUCCGAGGGUGCCAUGCGGGCCAGCGAGACUGUGUCAGAGGCCAGCCCCGGCUCCACGGCUAGCCAGACCGGAGUGCCCACUCAGGUGGUUCAGCAGGUGCAGGGCACCCAGCAGCGGCUACUGGUCCAGACAAGUGUGCAGGCCAAGCCGGGCCACGUGUCACCCCUCCAGCUCACCAACAUCCCGGUGUCCCAGCAGGCUCUCCCCACGCAGCGUCUGGUAGUGCAGAGCACAGCCCCGGGCGCCAAGGGCGGCCAGGUCUCCCUGACGGUGCAUGGCACCCAGCAAGUGCACUCACCCCCCGAGCGGUCACCGGUGCAGGCCAACAGCUCCUCCGGCAAGACGGCCGGGGCCCCCACGGGCACGGUGCCACAGCAGCUGCAAGUCCAUGGCGUCCAGCAGAGUGUCCCCGUCACCCAAGAGAGGUCGGUGGUUCAGGCCACUCCACAGGUGCCCAAAGCUGGCCCCGUGCAGCAGCUCACCGUGCAAGGACUCCAGCCGGUCCAUGUGGCUCAAGAGAGCUCAGGCAGUCAGUUUCCCGCUAGGAAGGCAGAGCAGCAAGAGCCCUGGCCCACGCCGCCACCGGAGCCGCCGCCGCCCCGGCCGCCCACGCCUGGGCCCGGGCCGGGUGCGCUGGCCCCGGAACCGCCAGCUUGCCGCGGGGCGGCCGCGCAGCUAGGCAGCCCUGAGCCGCUGCCGCCCCAUUACGAACCGGGCGCCGAGCAGUGGGUGGAGCUGGUGGGCUUCCUGCCCCCGCACCUGCUCCUGCCGCAGCAGAAAGUGGUCCUCGAGCCACUACCCGGGCUGCCGGCCCGAGCCAGCCCCGACCAGAGGGUCAGGAUCCAGAGAGUCCCCCAGGUGCUAGUGUUCGGCACGGCCGCCACGGCCCUCAAAGUGCAGCAGCUCCAGCAGGUGCCGGUCUCACACGUGUACCCCAGCCAAGUGCAGUACGUGGAGGGUGGCGAUGCCAGCUACACGGCGAGUGCCAUCCGCUCCAGCACCUACUCCUACCCUGAGACGCCACUGUACCCACAGACGGCAGGCACCAGCUACUACGAGGCCGCGGGCACGGCUGCCCAGGUCAGCACCCCUGCCACUUCCCAGGCGGUGGCCAGCAGCGGCUCCGUGCCCAUGUACGUGUCUGGCGGCCAGGUUGUCGCCAGCUCCACCAGCAGUGGGAGUGGAGCCGGCAGCGGCAGCAGCAGCGGCAGCGGCAGCGGCAGCAGCGGCGGGGGUGGUGGGGGUGGGGGUGGUGGCGGCGGCGGCGGCGGCAGCGGCGGUGGAGCAGGCACCUACGUGAUCCAAGGCGGCUACAUGCUGGGCGGUGCCAGUCAGUCCUACUCGCACACCACCCGUGCCUCACCAGCCACCGUCCAGUGGCUCCUGGAAAACUAUGAGACGGCCGAGGGCGUGAGCCUGCCGCGGAGCACCCUGUACUGCCACUACCUGCUGCACUGCCAGGAACAGAAGCUGGAGCCCGUCAACGCCGCGUCCUUUGGCAAGCUCAUCCGCUCCGUCUUCAUGGGCCUGCGCACCCGCAGGCUGGGCACCAGGGGCAACUCCAAGUACCACUACUAUGGCCUGCGCAUCAAGGCCAGCUCGCCCCUGCUGCGGCUGAUGGAGGACCAGCAGCACAUGGCCAUGCGGGGCCAGCCCUUCUCCCAAAAGCAGAGGCUGAAACCCAUCCAGAAGAUGGAGGGUAUGACCAACGGUGUGGCCGUGGGGCCACAGCAGGCCACUGGACUCUCGGACAUCAGCGCCCAGGUCCAGCAGUACCAGCAGUUUCUGGAUGCCUCAAGAAGCCUCCCUGACUUCUCAGAGCUUGAUCUCCAGGGCAAAGUGCUGCCCGAGGGCAUCGGACCUGGGGACAUCAAGGCCUUCCAGGUCCUAUACCGGGAACACUGUGAGGCCAUCGUCGAUGUCAUGGUGAACCUGCAGUUCACACUGGUGGAAACGCUCUGGAAAACCUUCUGGAGGUACAACCUGAGCCAGCCCAGCGAGGCGCCGCCGCUGGCUGUGCACGAUGAGGCUGAGAAGCGGCUGCCCAAGGCCAGCCUGGUGCUCCUCUCCAAGUUCGAGCCCGUGCUGCAGUGGACCAAGCACUGUGACAACGUGCUGUACCAGGGCCUGGUGGAAAUCCUCAUCCCCGAUGUGCUGCGGCCCAUCCCCAGUGCCUUGACCCAAGCGAUCCGGAACUUUGCCAAGAGCCUGGAGAGCUGGCUUACCCACGCCAUGGUGAACAUCCCCGAGGAGAUGCUGCGGGUGAAGGUGGCAGCGGCCGGCGCCUUCGCACAGACCCUGCGUCGCUACACGUCGCUCAACCACUUGGCACAGGCGGCACGCGCUGUGCUGCAGAACACUGCACAGAUCAACCAGAUGUUGAGCGAUCUCAACCGCGUGGACUUCGCCAACGUGCAGGAGCAGGCCUCGUGGGUGUGCCGCUGCGAGGACCGCGUGGUGCAGCGGCUGGAGCAGGACUUCAAAGUGACGCUGCAGCAGCAGAACUCACUGGAGCAGUGGGCGGCCUGGCUGGACGGCGUCGUGAGCCAGGUGCUCAAGCCCUACCAGGGCAGCACCGGCUUCCCCAAAGCCGCCAAGCUCUUCCUCCUCAAGUGGUCGUUCUACAGCUCCAUGGUGAUCCGGGACCUGACCCUGCGCAGCGCCGCCAGCUUUGGCUCCUUCCAUCUCAUCAGGCUGCUCUACGAUGAGUACAUGUACUACCUGAUCGAACAUCGUGUGGCCCAGGCUAAGGGCGAGACCCCCAUCGCCGUCAUGGGCGAGUUCGCCAAUCUGGCCACCUCUCUGAACCCCCUGGACCCGGACAAAGAUGAGGAGGAGGAGGAAGAAGAGGAGAGCGAGGAUGAGCUGCCGCAGGACAUCUCGCUCGCGGCCGGCGGCGAGUCGCCUGCGCUGGGCCCCGAGGCUCUGGAGCCACCGGCCAAGCUGGCGCGGACAGACGCGCGCGGCCUCUUCGUGCAGGCCCUGCCCUCCAGCUAAGCCCGCGGCCUUCCCUGCCCCACCCUCCCUCCCCCACCGCCCCUCCUCGCCAGGGUCCCUCACAGCUUCUGUGGCUUCGCUGUCACCGCUCCAGCUUUGGCCAGGGCCAGGAGGGGGCCUCCAAGACAGGGAAGGCUAGGGGGUACCCCCCCCAUGGGGCCCACACAAUCACAGGGCCGGGCGGAGCCGCAGCUGCAAACUCUGACACAAAAGACGUGCCUUAAGGAACCCGCCGCCGUGCCCAGGUGCCCCCUGGGGCAGCCAGCUUGGCCCCUUGGCCCCAAAGGCUGCAUCAUCUCCCUCCCUCCCCCAGCCCCACCCCCACCACCCCAGGGGGCAGGCAGGCAGGCCCCCUACCUUGCAGAACUGUUAACUUAUUCAGCUCGCUGGCUUUGCACAGCCUGUCCUGGGCCCAGCCCUGAGCUCCGGGUGGGCGCAGGUGGGCAUCACCUGGGGACCCACCACUGUCGGCAGCAGCAGCCCCGGGACCCCUCCCUCAGUAACCCCACUGCUUCCCCCUCCUUGGUAUAAGUGCAAUUAAAGCCGUGGGUGUCGCAUCUUCUCCAGUGCUGGACCCUCCCGUGCCCCACAGCCCCAGAGGGGGGCACUGCCCAGCCUGGACAGAGGGGGAGGGCAGAAGGGGCACCAUCUCUGGCUUCCAAAGAGCAGCAGGCUGGGCCGGGCGAUGAGCCCGGAAGGGCCUGCUGCAGGCAGCGGGCCCGGAAGUGCCCACGCCUGCCCCGGCCGGGGCUGGGUGCUCCGCUUGCUCGUAUCCAAGCCCCCUAGCCCCCUUGCCGCUGGUUUGUAAUGGAAUCUCCACGCUCCUACUCGACCCCCACCUCCGCUCCUGGAGACCGUGCUUCUCCUCCGUGUGUGGGACCUCUGCCCCCUCCCCACCCCCACAUGACUAUUGUGCGAUUUGUGAGCGGAGUCGGUAACUCGUUGGGUUUUUUUCCAACCAUCAUGGCCUUAUCUGUUCCGGUUUUCUCAGUGUUUUCAACCUGUGAGAUAGAUGUUUAUGGCAAAAAGCGAAAAAAGAAAAAAAAAAAGAACCUGACCUAUUGUAUAAAAAUCACUAUUUUGUGUGCUCCGCGUGCUACAGCUUUUGGGAGUGGUUUGCCCACUCCCUCCCCCACUCCUCUGGGCCUCCCUUCUCCCGGCGGUGAAAGUGUCCACGCGUGUGGUAGUCUAGUGUGCCGAGCUGUUUUCUAUCUUUUUGUAGUCUUUCUUAAAACACAAUAAAUUCCACUGUCAUA